ACCGGCAAUAUCGACACGUCGCGUUAUCGUCCUGCGUCUAUUUGAUAAGGUUAAAUAUUGAUAGCGCACAGCCAGUUCGGCGCACACGACGACGUUCAAUACAAAUUUAACGACAGGGAAGUUUGCAUUACUCAUUAUAGCCAUAAAACGAUAAUCCGCAUAUGUGCGUGUCCAGACGAGGCGUCAGUGUCUCGCUCCCCGCGGCGCCCGCGCGUGGUCAUACCGCGGCAGUGUGGCACCGCGCUCGCUCCAACUUGGCAACGCUGAUCAAUAAGGAACAAUGAAUCUGCAGAACGGCCGCGGCUGAUGGCUCGGAGCGCUCUGAGCAAUCGCGGGAACGCGUCGCCGUCCCUUUACGCGGUCCUCCACUAGUGUUUGUGUUGUGAAUUAGAACGGAUAUGUCCUCGCCUCUAUUCAACUUUCCGCCGGAAAGUUACUCGGCCGUUUACACCAACGACGUGACGACGAGUGCUAAUGUGACUUGCAAACCAGUAAACGGCAGUCCAUCUGAUGUGUCCGCUGCAUCCAACGCCAGCUCCCCAACAACAUCUCUGUUCAGCUGUUUUCAUUGCGCUUUUCAGAAUAGCAUCAAAGUCAUCAAGAAGGACAAACAUUCUUCCAAAACUAAGGUCGCUGCUGGCAAAGAUGAAGAACGCUGGCGUGGCAAAGAGGAUGGUGCCCUUUUCAAACGUUGGAGGCGCACGGCAUCCGCCGUGGAAACUGCCCCUGCGACACCCACCCCUCCGCAGCCUUCGGAGUUGCUGAAAUUUUUAGCUAUUAAUGCACUCGAGCUCUCAGCUCCAGCGUCGGACGCUCUGCUGAAGACUCGCUCGUCGGAGUGGUUCCAGCUGUCGGGCCACCCCGGCUCGCUGGCGCCCGCCGGCCCCGGCACGGUGUGGAAGCGGCGCGCGCCCGGCGACCACCCCGCGCACAACCCCGAGCGCGACGCGUACGUCGCCCUCGCGUCCUGUCCCCACAUGCGCUCCGCCAUCCCCCGCUACUACAGGGAACUUGAAUACGGUGGCGAACAUUUCAUUGAACUUCAAGAUCUCCUGCACGGUUUCCGCGACCCACACGUUAUGGACGUCAAGAUGGGAACUCGCACUUUCCUAGAAGACGAAGUCAGCAAUGCCCGUGCUCGCGCUGACCUCUAUGAGAAAAUGAUUCGCCUCGAUCCCAAUGCACCCACGGAGGCGGAACAUGCCGCACGCGCGGUCACUAAACUGAGAUACAUGCAGUUCCGAGAACAAUGCUCGUCUUCAGCGGAACAAGGUUUUAGAAUCGAGGCUGUUAAGCUGCCCGGCCAACCGCCCUUAACGGAUUUACAGAAAGUACGUGAACCUAAGCAUCUCGCAUCCACGGUUGCAAGGUUUCUUGGUGAUGAUGAUCGCGCCCGUCGCGCUAUUGCCGCUCGCCUCCGAGAAAUACGAGAACUCUUUGAAAAUUCUGAAUUCUUCAGAACUCACGAGAUUGUCGGAAGCAGUAUAUUUAUUAUUUAUGAUGAUGAACGUGUCGGCGCGUGGCUCAUUGACUUCGCUAAAACGAGACGUGUACCGGAAGGUCUAAAAGUAACUCAUCGUGAACCAUGGGAGCAAGGGAAUCAUGAAGAAGGCUUUUUAUACGGCCUGGAUAGGCUGAUUGAAACAAUAGAGACGGCAAAGCUACCUGAGGUGGCAGUGGAGCAGGACGUUUCUCGUUGAAGAAACGAUACAUUGAAACCUGGACACGCCUUGCGGUCACUGCACCGAUUGCCUGGCGCUCGCGCCCCAGUGCCAGCCGUUCUCCCGCGCUCCAGUCGCGGUGGAGAUGUACAGAAAAUAACGUUUGUGUGUUAUAAUUGCGAAAAGAGUCUUCGCCUUUUGUUAAUGAUCUAGUCGUAAUAUUUAAUGAAAUAUAAUUUAAUGAAUUUCUUA